CAUAGGGAAAUCCACCCUACAUUUGGCUAUGAAGAUGACUUUUUGAAAGCAGUUGAUCAAGAUUGCCAAUACCCAAUAUGUCAUUUACCGCUUAGGGAGCCGUUUCAAACGAGGUGUGACCACAGAUGCUGCAAAGAAUGUAUUGACGAGCGUAUUGAAGGUGCGAGUUUACGAUAAACAGUUUUCACAGUUAUUCUUCAGUACGCAUAAUCUGAAUAUCCUGUACCUAUGAAAUUUCUGCCACAAACUCUCCAGAAGUGAAUUUUACCGAGAGAAAAUUCGAGGUCCACCACGUAAGAGGAAAUUAGUCAUUUCCCAUAAACAUUACUUGCAAUGAUUAUGGCCACAAUGGUUUUCCACUGGAUGUGCAAUUUUAAUUUCUAACACUGUGCUCGACUAGUCUAAAUUAGUUCAUACGUUGAACUUGCACUUGACUUCCUAGACAACGCAGCACGAUAAAUGUCUCCCAAUGUUCAUCGCAGUGAUCGUGUUCCAAAGUAACAAGUCCUGAAAGCAAAAGCGUCUCUUAGAGACGGCGGAAUUCAUUCCUGCAAUCACGCACUGCAAGCGUGAUGGUUCUCGAUUUCGAAAUCGCUAAGUUGACAGCUGAUCAAAUAUCGUCUGUUCUGAAAUAGCACUCCUUAAAGUUCAAAUCUUUUCUCAUCACCACGUCUUGUUCAUGAAUGUCGCAAUAUUGGCGACACUUCGUAACUAUGUACGGUUCUAAUUGGCCUUCACUGCUCGGCCACUAAACUGCAAGAAAACAAUAACUAUUCUAAUAUAGUUCUCGAUUUCGAAAUCGCUAAGUCAACAGCUCAUCAAAUAUCGUCUGUUCUGAAAUAGUACUGUUUAAAGUUCAAAUCUUUUCUUCGCACCACGUUUUCCUUAUGAAUGUCGCAAUAUUGGCGAGACUUCGUAACUAUGUACGGUUUUAACUGGCCUUAAAUUCUCGGCCACUAAACUGCAAGAAAACAAUAACUACUCUAAUAUAGCUCGUAACUUGUGUUGAUUCAAAUUAUAUUCUCGCUCAGUAAAUCUGUGUUGCUAUCAAAGUUGAUUUUCCAGCUGUUGAUGGCAUCAUUGCUAGUGGUGCUGACAUUGUUAUUGUUAUUGACCAAAUUAAUCAAGAAAGAUCAAAAGGAAGGAAUUUCCCUGAAAAUAUAACAUUUGGCGUAUUGGUUGAGGCGGGAUGUGAAAAGAUUUGCAGUAUAUGCAAAACCUAAAUACAUGGAAGAUCCUUAAUAAUCCAUUGCAUUAUUCUUGAUAGUUGAACUUUCUCUCAGACAACAAAUUCAAGAACAGUCUCUAAUUAUAUAACUUAUUCAGAAGAAAGGAAACUGAAUAAGUGAUUUGCUUAGCUGAGUGCUCAUAAAAUUCUUAUGAAGGUUGGAAAAUGUCAAAGAAAUCUUGUUUACUAAGUCUGAAUUUGUUGUAUAUAUUGUUUGAUAUGCUUUCAAAUACCUUAAAUAAUUCAGACACUCGUCUUCGUGCGCUCUUUUAGAAUUAAGAGAAAUAUCAUUCACUAAUUCAAUUUAUUAUAGGCUCACCUUUUCUUUGAUUUUACAUGAAACUUUUAAAGAACCUGGCUCAUUCGCUGAGCAUUAACGUAAAACCAGGGCUAUCGUGUUUAUGUCUUAGGACGUAUUUCCUGAUACAGCAACAGAAAGGAAGAUCCUCUCUAUGGCAGUCAGAUGUCCAAGUGAAGGCUGUGAAUGGAUUGGAGAACUUAAGAAUAGGGAGGUAAAAGCUAAUACUCAUUUAGAUCAAUGCCUAAGGACACUUCUAUCAUUUAAUCCUUUCUCGUUUAAUACACAAGGUAAGGCAGUAGCUCUUUAAUAUGCACCUAGUGGACUAAGGCAUUGUAGAUGCAGAUCGAUACUUUUUUUUACCAUGAUAAAAUUAGAGAUUCAUGUACCAUGUGCGCCUGAAAAUUAGAAAGUAUGCUUAAAAAAGGGCUAACAUUGUACCCAGACCUUCCACGGCCAAGUGGUUGCAAGGUAAGAUCUGGGUACGAGAUUACAAAAAAGCAAAAACCUGUUAUUUGGAGUAUUUUAAUUAAAAACAUAACUCUAAAGCGUAAGCAUAAUCAUGAUUUCCAGUUCCUUACAUGAGAUUUCUUCAAUUUUCAGGAUCAUCUUAGGGAAUGCCCUAUGUUCCGAGUAGCAUGUCAUAACUACUGUGUUCUUUUGAUCACCAGGGGAACGGUAAGGCAUACUGUUUAAAAAUGAUAAACUGUUUGUAUACGUAACUAGGCUCGUUCGUUCUUCAAACGGCCAAUCAAGGCGUAGAUGGAUAGAUCGGUUUUACUCGUUUUUUCGCUUUCAUGCUUGUAUGAUCAUUCGUAUAAAAAAAAAAUUGGAAGAUUGUUUUCCAGUAGGCAGAAUAUUUUCAUGAUAAAGCAGCCACAUUUUUUUUUUCUCCGAAGUGGCCACGCAGUGACAUUUUGAAGCAUGGAUACUUACUCGUAUAACAUUAAGAAACACGAAAUACUCAGUCCUGCUAAGGAAUUAAAUAUCUUUACUUCUUUUGUUUUGUUCUAAUACACCGAUUUGAUGUGAUUCAGGUUCUUACUCACGUCAGAGACGAAUGUCCGCUAGCAAUAGUCUCCUGUCCGUAUGCAGGCAUGGGCUGUGAAGCUACGGUAAGUAAACGAUAGUGGAGAUCAGUUAGAAAGGAUUGAAAAAAAAAGCUCUUCCGGAGUCUUUCUUGCUUGAGAACUUGGAGAAAGAGAGAUCUUAAGAUCUUGCGCCUUUUAUACCAUUUCGUCGACGGUCGUAACACUCAAGGUGUGUAAAUGCCCUAAAAUAAUCAAGCAUAUAUAUUUCCAUAUAUCACUCCCUCUAACAAGGAAGUCCCCACCACGCCCGCACCCUCAAGUCUUCUCCUGUGAAAUAAGGAUCCGAGGAGGAUUUACGGAACAUGUGAAAACAUGUAGGGUCGUGCCUUGAGGAAGUUCAUCACCCUACAUGAUUUGCUAAGCAUUCCUCUCUCUUAAGAGCUGCACUUUCACAAUUCAUUUCAUACUUAAGGAUACGAAUCUAGAAGUAGAAAGAGGUUUCUCACCACGCUUUCAUCUGUCUUACAUUAAUGUGAAGUUGAUUUUCAUUUUAAAUCUCGUUUCAAAAUAAACUGGUGUGUCUGUGACAGUCGCAUCUAGUGCAAGAUCGCUAAGAGCCUUGGUUCCUUAGUUGAUUCAGUAGGUAAUAUAAUCGAACUUUGUGAGGUCGUCAUAUUUCUUUCAUUCAUCGAUUUUGACACUUCAAAGGGAACUGCUGAAAAUCUUGACUAAGACGCUUUGGUAUAAAUGAUGACCACGAAAAAAACGUUUUAUUUUAGGUUUCUAGACAAGCCAUGGAAUCUCAUCUUAACACUGCUAUGAACCUUCAUUUGAAUUUAGCAUGCGUAAGGUUUCAGAAGACAAUAGUUGAGUUAGUAGAAACAAGGAGUCAGCUUCAGGCGACAAGAUUACAACUUGAGAGAACAAAAGAAGAGCUGGACACAACAACAUUCGUCUGGAAGAUUGAUGGUUUCGGUGGGAUUUUUAGACAAGCAAUGGCAGGACGGAAUCAGACUAUAAAUAGCGAUCCGUUCUACACGAAAAAUGGAACCGGACGUUACGGCUACAAGCUAAAAGUUCGAAUCUCCCCAAAUGACCAGCGAACUAACCAACUAUCGGUGUUCAUUAUUGUAAUGAAAGGUGAAUAUGACGCAAUACUACCCUGGCCUUUCACUAAGAAAGUGAAGUUUACAUUGAUCGAUCAACAGGCAGACCUCGACCAACGGAGGAACGAGACUGCGGAGCUCUUCGAACAAAAUAUCUCAAACUUUGCAAGGCCUGUCACAGACGAAAACAGAGGGAGGGGUAUUGUGAAUUUCAUAUCUCAUCAAGCACUUUUUACCAGACGUUACAUUGUGGAUGACACUUUGUUUCUACAGGUUGACAUAAGCAAGCCGUCUAACUGA